AAUGUAAAAUCCAAAUUUCAUGCCUGUGUAUAUAUACACUUAACCUACUGGAUAUCCCUAAUAUUAUCCUAUGUAUUAUAUGCCAAUUAUACCAAACUAUAUGAUAUCUCAGUAUUAAAUCUCUUAAGAACCUGAAAAACUUCAAUUAAUCUCAAAAUCAAAUGAUUAAAAUUAAGUAUCUAAUGAAAACUUUGAUCCAAGCAAUCAAUUAAACUUUUAAUAAAUAAUACAAAAUAAAAAUGAAAUUGCAGUUGAAAAUAAUGAAGAAAAUUAAACUAAUACGGAAUCAAAUAAACCGAAAUAAAAAUCUGGAAAAAAGAAGAUAAAUCUCUUAUAAAAAUCUACUAAUAUAUAGAAAAACUAUGCUAAAGCAAUCAUUUCUUAUGCUUGUGGACAGAGAAUUCUAAUUAUAAACACGUUAGGAAAGAAAAAAGGAAUUGAAUUUUUAAAAAUAAUUAAUAAACUAAAAAAUAAGUUAAAAAAUAUUAAUCAUAUAAAGAACUAUACAUAGAAAGAAUCAUAUUUGAGUAUGUUUAGAAUAUUAGGGUAAAUUUUUAAAAUAAUUUUUUUAGGAAUAAAUUUUUAAAGAAUGAAGCCGUUAGUUAUAUUUAUCAUUCAAAUAUUCAAUAGAAGAGUUGUCAUCUUAAACACUUAAAGAUGAUCGAAUAAAAUUUAUUAAAGUGCUGAUCGAG